AUGCUGCAACCGCGAUUAAUUUUCUGGAUGAUUGGCAAUCGGCUUAAUUCUUCUACUCCUCUCAUCUCUAAAAACCCUGUCUUGCCAAAGAAGCCGAAGUCGUUUGGAGAGGCUGGUACAUUCGUAGACUACCGUCGUAUUAAAUGUAUCGCUGGGAACGGAGGUGACGGAAUGAUUUCUUUCUUCAGAGGCUAUCGUAAUCCUUUCGGAGGGCCAGAUGGUGGCGAUGGUGGAAAUGGUGGACAUGUCCUAUUCAGAGCUUGUAACCAUACGAAGGACCUCUCACAUUUGAGAGCCAUAGAAAAAGCUGGUAGAGGCGAUUUCGGAGGAUCAAAAUCAUGCCAUGGCAAGUCAGCUGAACAUCUCGAGAUCCGUGUACCUGUUGGCACAGUUUUCAAGAAUGGCGACACCGUCGUAUUCGAGUUGGCAAACGAAGGCGAUGUCUUUUUGGCUGCACGUGGAGGGGCUGGAGGGCAUGGGAAUCAAUUUUAUGUGUCAAAUGAAGUUCGGAAACCGUUCAAGGCUGAAGUUGGAGGUCGGGGUGAAGAGGUAGUAUAUGAUGUGGAGAUGCGAGUAAUGGCCACUGCAGGUCUUGUUGGCUUUCCUAACGCGGGAAAGUCUUCCCUUCUUCGAGCCAUUUCUCGAGCCAAGCCUAAAGUAGCUUCAUAUCCCUUCACAACGCUAAAACCGCAUGUGGGGAUAGUUCACUACGAUGACUUCGAGCAAAUAGCUGUGGCUGAUAUCCCUGGUCUAAUCGAAGGUGCACAUGAAGAUCGCGGUCUUGGUAUUUCAUUUUUAAAGCAUAUAGAAAGUUGUCUUUUCUACGUGCUUGAUAUCACACUUGGUGAAUUACGGGAACAAUUUGAUUUGUUACGAAUAGAGUUGGAAGAGUAUCGUAAAGGGUUAUCCUCACGACCUACAGCCGUAGUACUGAACAAGAUAGAUCUUGAUCCUACGCAAGACAAUGAUGGAAACCGACGACUUUUUCCAGGGUAUCCCACAUUUUUCGUAUCAGCCAAAGGUGGUACUGGUCUUCAAGAAUUGCUCAUUUAUUUAAGAGAAGAGUAUGAUAAAGCGAAGAAAUAG